AAUAAAUACAAAAAGUUUCAUUUUUUAUAAAUCUGCUUCUGUUUGUUUCCUCCAAAUACAGAAAAAUACCCUUUUUUGUUUCUGCAAAACCCUACAAGAAAGAAAGCAAAUGGGGGAGAAAGAUGAGUACAGGCUUCUUGACAUAAAGGACGCCAUCACUUGUAUAGAUAAAAAAGUUAGCUUGAUUGGCGUUAUCAUCCAGUGCGGUUUCCCUAAGACAACUAAAGGAACUGAUUAUUUCUGUACAAUAAAGAUAGUUGAUGAAUCGUAUCAGAAACCCGGGCUUUCUGUUAAUAUGUUUGCUAAGCAUUUCGAAAUGCUUCCUCAUGUAGCCUCAUUUGGAGAUAUAAUUCAGCUUUCCAAUGUUAUGAUGAAAACUCAUGGUGGAGCAGUGUAUGCUGUUUUUAAUAAGAAGUUCUCUACCUUUGCUGUAUACAAUGGAAAUGACAAUGAAGGGCUUCUUCCUUAUCAAACUUACCCAAUAUUUAUCCAGAGAGACGUAGACAAGAAGCUCAUAACACGCUUGAGAAAAUGGUUUAUUGAUCUUCACUUUGAUGAAGAUUCAAAUAAGUUUUCAUUGAUAAGAGAACUCGAGGAAGGUAGAUUUGUUGAUUUGGCUUGCAAGGUAAUUCAUGUCCAAGAGUUUAAAGGCGAAUUGAUGGGCUUCCUCUGGGAUGGAACUGAUGCCCAUCCGAGUAGUAUUUCUUCGAGGCUAGAAGAUGAAAAGAACAAUCCUCUUCCCCUACAACCUGAACAAUUGCAUUUGUCAAGAGGUAUCUUAAGUACUUUUCCUACUCUCGGAACUGUCUUGAGGGUGGUGUUUGACCAAGGUACCAAGGAGCAUGGCCUCCACUUGCUACACAUUGGGAAGUGGAUGAAGUUUAUCAAUGUAUAUUGUGAUGUAAAUGGAGGAUUCUGGCGUGGUGUAUUUACGUCUUCAACAAAGUUUAGAUAUACUCAUGACAAGGACCGUCUUGUAUUAGAGCGCCAAAGGUUAUACAAUGAGCGAGAAGGUCUGAAAUUCGGGCGAAAUCCAUACUGGAGCUUUCCACAAACUUCUCCUAUAACAGAGGUGAACUACAAAGAUUUACCGGUUGUUACUUUAAUGGAUAUUCUUACAUAUCCAGAGGUUACAGCUAGGUUCUUAUGUGUUGUACGGGUUGUAGCAAUGUAUCCAUGGCAGGCUAAAGAUUUUUCCUUUAAUGGAAUUUACAGAGUUCGCCUGACCUUAGAAGAUGCAACUGCUCGAAUUCAUGCUUAUUUGUAUGGGAAAGACGGUAUUAAGCUUUUUGGCGAUCAACCUGCCAUCGAUGUACUGACAAGGAAGCGAAAUGCAUUGCUCGGAGUGGCGACGAAUGAUAAUGGAAAGCAAGUGGAAGAUGGUAUUGCUAGAAAUCCACCAUGGUUGCAAUGCUGCCUGAAAUCUUAUUAUUUGGAUAAAUCUGAUAUAUGGGGAAGUCGACAUUAUCGAUUAUAUGACACUAGAUUAGUGGUUGAUUAGGAUUAGGAUUAGGAUUAGAUAGUCAUUGUCUUGUAUGUUUGUUUGAAAGAAAUUGUUUAGUAUAAUAUUAGUUUUUAGUGACAAUUGGUGUAAAAUAGUCAUCUACAAAAUCAACCAUUAGGACAUAGUUGGUGUGGUUUGAAUUUCUAUUCCUGGGUAGUACUAAUUAUAUUUUGACACUAAUCAAUACAUAUAUGUAUCAGGUGUUUUGAAAAAAUUAAUGGUAUGUAUAUAUUAUAUAUAUAUGCUUGCUUGUUGCUGUAGAAUCCUAUCAAUAAUUUUUGCGACUUCAUAGAAGAUAUGUUUGUUUUGUGUAAGAUGUUGAGCAUUUGUAAUUUUGUAUGGGGUAUUAUGGUACUUACCAUUACU